GUGGAAAGAAAAAACGUUUAAAAAAUACAAACAAAAUGUGAAAUGACCAGCAACGCCAAAGUGGAAGAUGAAAGUUGGUGCACGUUGAAGCUAACAAGAUUUGGCUCCGUGCGGAAGGACUAUAACGGUACACUAUUCCAAUUUCCAUCGUCCAAAUGGAAGACUCGACCUGCUAUCAUGGAGCAGAAGACUAGAGUGAGAAUAUCGAGUGCAAAUGCCAGUGCGAAUGACAUCUUCGCUGCUACACAUUCUGAACGAAAAGACACUCGGACAAGAACGACGAGCGAAAGUCGAAUGGUAGUAGGAAAACUUUCCUUAUACAAAAGAAGUAAAGAAGUGUAUUCCGAUAUUGAAGAUGCAAUAGAGAAAGAAUGGUCGGUGAACGAGUUUCCAAACGCAGCAGAAAGCAACAUUUCAAUACAAACCGACGAUCCAUCGAUGGAGAAGAGGACUCGUCUAAAGAGGACAAAGCGAUUUGUACGACAAACGUGCAGACGAAUUUGUUGCAUUUUGUGUCCUUGUGCGUUUGCACACGCUGAUGACUAGCCGAAAUUGACGACAGAAAUGAACGAGAUAAUUCUAAUGAGUGCACAAAGAUUGAUUGAGAGAACAAUUUGAUUCGUUGUUUCCUAGUGAUUGACAAUGUUGUGUAGCAAUUUUUGUUGCUUACACAAAUACCCUGCAUGUGCAUACCUACUAGCUUGUAUGUGUUUAUGUGUACGUGUAUAUACUCUAAUGAAUAUCAAUGAAU